AUGAUCCGCUACACGAAGGGCGCCAUUCUGAACCUCUUCUACUGGUGGGGCGGCAUCAACCGCCAUCUGGUAAUCAACUCCGUUUACUACUUAGUCUUCCUGUUGGUCUUGUACUAUGUGCAGACCAGGUACCCAGUUACACAGGUCGACUCCUCCAGCAGUGGUAUAUCGAUGCUGGGCAGUCUCACGGUGUUUCUGCUUGUGUUCCGCAUGAACCAGUCCAUGGCUCGAAACAACGAAGCCACGCAGCGAACUGACGAGAUGUUUGGAGAGCUGGACUUCUUAGUUCACUCCGUCUGCACAUUCAUGCAAGGUGCUGGCGAAGAUUCGCUCCAAGAAUUGGUCAUGAAUCCAGCACGCAAGCGCACCGAAGAGGAGAUCCGCGUGAUGCGCCUGCAAGGGGAACUUGCCUCGGCGGUUCGGAUUCAUGUGGUGAGGCUGACCAUCGCCUUUGGCGUGAGUGUUCUUUUGUACUUCCGUGUGCUCUGCGCCCUUUCGGAUGCACAAGGAGUACUGGAAGAGGAGGAUUUGGUGCAGAUCGUUUUUCUGCACUGUCGCUUGCAGGCCUUGUUGUAUGAGGAGGAGAUGGAGGUUGUAGAUCAGUACGUGGGGAUCACUCGCGAGACAGAUGGAAGUUACGACGGCGAAGCUGAGUACAGAGCUGAGGAUGCGACCACGCAAGACGGGGGACACCGAGGACGAGGCAUGCUCAUUGCUGCAAAGGGCGGUCUCGUUCUUUGUGCUGCCUUGCGAGAUGUGGUCUCGCAGAGGAAACGGCUUUCUCUUGGCUCGAUGGGCAUUCGCGUAGCGAGUGCGCAACUGGUGACUUUCCCUCAAGCCGAUUCCGGCGACCCUUUCGCAGAGGGCUUGAACUUCCCCGUGGGUGCCUCGCCCGCGAGCACGGAUGCAACCAUCCUCUGGCAGCAGGAGAAUGGCAAUAGCUGGGAUCAGACUGAAGACCUUCGACAGACUCUCCGUGUGAGGCCAUUCCGAGAAGUCGAUCGUCCGUUUCUCCAGCGUAUCGAGGCGCAGUGCUUUGGGCUGCGCGAUCAGUCCUUGCAUCUGUGGCUGAUGGAAGCUGCAGCACCUGGUUCCCGCACGUGCGUCGAUGUUGCCGUUGUUGGCUGCACGGCGUCAGCAGACACUGCAGUGGCGGGCUACUGUGCUUGGCGCCUCGAGGGCGAUCUGCACUCCCCCGUGCUCUACGUCCUCAGCUUAGCGGUGGAGGCAACCCAGCGCAGGCUGGGCUACGCCGAGGAGUUGCUUCGCCACGCAAUAAAACGCGGCGAGAGCAGCGGUGCGGCUGCUGCGACAUUGCAUGUGCGUGUCGACAACCAGCCGGCCAACUCUUUGUACUCUCGCUUAGGCUUUGUUCUCGUUGCUCACGUUCACGACUACUACGGGAAUUGCGAUGCUUGGGAGCUGUUGAGGGAGCUACCUGCCAUGGUGAAGCGCACAGUGGAUCACACCCGGGUGCUGAAGCUGCGUGCUGAAGGCUUUCCCCAGAUCUGCGUGAUCCAGAUGCUGCGGUGGACACACAACAACGAGGCCAUGGCCGCCCUGCUGGCAGCUGGUGAGGUGCCCAUCGUGGACUGCCAGGUGCUGAACUUGAUAGCUGACAUCACGGCGGAUGCUUUGGACCAGCUGACGCACCUGGGGGGUCUUAUUAUGCGGCCGGUCUCGCUGGCAUACUAUCAGCAUUGCCGCGUGAUUGUCGCGCUCUUCACCUUCAUGUGGCCAAUGGUGCACAAGAGGAGUGCAGACUUUGUUGGCAAUAUUUUCGAUGCCAUCGUGUUCCCUUGCGUGGUCUACUGGGCCAUGUCCGGCCUCGAGAGGCUCGCAGAAAUGAUGGAGAACCCUGUGGGCGAUGACGACACGGACAUCGAUAUGAUGCAGCAGAUGCAUGAGCUUGAGGUUGGACUGCAGCUGUCCUUCGAGAUGUCAGAGGUCCGCCGCAGCAUGAUGAAGAGGAUGGGAAUGCCGUUUUGUUCAAUGUCAUUUUGUUCAGCCGGUCGUGUUCGCGUUUUCUCUCCCAUUGGCAUAUCAUUGGAGUUGACGUUUUGUCUGUCCUGGUAUUUCUUCUCCAGCUGUUGCUGGGUCAAGGCGUAG